AGCCGAUCCAAUGUGCAGGCAGAGCUGAUCCAUGGAUCCUCACAUUCGGGAUGGAGGAAUACCUUACGUUAUUUUAUUUAUUUUAGCUUAUUUUUUACCCUUCAGGUCCUAGAGGCUCCGAAGUAGAAGGUGACGCUUAGUCAAUGUUUGUGGGGUUUCAAAUUCCCCCGGCGUUAUGAAGAUAUCUGAGAGGCCUUCGCUUUUAAUGAAAAAUAAACGAAACAGGAGAUUUAUUAAGGAUAAAUAAAUAGGACCCUCUCUCUCUCCCCCCCGCCCUCCCCUCUUCUGGGAAAUGAAACUCGCUUUGUUAUCCUUUAAUAACAACCUUGUGUGUGUGUUUGUUUUUCCACCCAGAGAAAAAACUGCCCGCCUCAUACAUUCUCCUGAUGGGUGCCACUCUGCCAGCCUUAGCGGAAGAACUGUUGAGAGAGAUAGAAAAGGCUUUUUGCGAGACAUCUCACGGUUGAAGUUCAUCUUUGGUGCUUCUGCUGUCCCUGCUCUGGACUUGGUGGACCGCCAGUCAGUCACACGGAUCACAUCUCCCAGCGGAAGGCAGGUCUACCAGGUGGUUGGAAGCUCAGGCAAACACUACACUUGUUACGCCUCCUGCCACUUCUGCUCUUGCCCAGCCUUCAUGUUUUCUGUCCUCCGGAAGGGCGACAGUCUUGUGUGUAAGCACCUUCUCGCCAUCUACCUCAGCCAGGCGCUCGGGUCCUGCCAGGAGCUGACUGUCCCAGACAAGCAGCUGACCAGACUCUUGUUGCAGGAGGAGGAGGAGGAAGAAAGAUGAAGACCUCAGCCUGGGUUUCGAGAGAGAAUCCUCUCCUGCUCCUCCACGAACAGCCUCCGAGAUUCAGUAAGGGAACAGAGAGCCUGUGUGGCCGUCUGGACGCUGCUGGACUCCAACUCCCAUCAGCCCUUGCAGUUAGCAGUGGCUGGUGGUGAGGGAUGCUGGGAGUUGUGGUCCAAGCAGACCUGCUCUAAGAAGCAGCAGUGAAUGCUCCACAGGAGUGAUGCCUCUGUUUGGAAGAGGCCUUCCCUCUGGAUAGAAGGGAAUCCGCAAGUCCUUAGACUCCACCUCCCAUCAGCCCUUGCUGCCAGCAAUGGCCAGUGAUGUUGGGGGUUUGAAUUUGACAUUGUCCAAAGGGCCACAGGGUCUCAAGAAAGGGGCGAGGGCCUUAACCCAAACUGGGAUCAAUGAAAGAUUAUAUCCCCUUCUCUCGCUGUCCAUCUGGCUUCUGGGGGAAGCAGGUAGACGUCUACCUUGGACCUCUGAUUGCUACAUGCAGAGACUUAGGGUCACAUUACAAUUUUUGUAUAUGCAUGCAGGAAAAUGAAAGCUUUUAUGUGUGUCGGUGGGGUGGGGAGGGUUUAAAUCCUCCCAGGGCCACCAAACGUAAGUCCGGUUCUGCGUUCCCAAGCUGAAUGUGUUUGCUGAGCUUCUGUGGGGGCACAUUUGAAUGUAGAACUCCACCCUGCGCUCAGCUUCCUGAGCCAAUCAGCUUUGUUUCAAGUUUCUAGUCCUUAUUACAGGGAAGAGAAUGUGAUGUAUAUAGAUAGAGAGCUGAUACAGGCGGUUGUUUUUCCAGGCAGGGGCUGCAUGCCAGCGGUGAGCUAGGCCACCUAUUUUCCCUCUUCUCUUUGCCUCCCCUUCUCUCGCUCUUUCUCUUCCGCCUUUCUUACUUUCUUUCCCUCUCUUCCUUCCUUUCCCAGAAGGCUGCCCGUGGGAGAGGCAGAUCACUCUGACCUAAACUCAUUGCUUGCAGACAGCCUCUCCCCUCUUACCAGUGCAACCUUUUCACCCCAUCCUUCCCUCUUUCUCUCGCCCAGCUCCUACCUCACCUUAAAUCAGACUGUGGAGCUCUGAGUAUUUGCCUAGGAGAGGGAAGCCGCACGUUCUGUCCCAACACCAGCACUCAGCCCUGAAACUCACCAAGUGAUCUUGGGCCAGGCACUCGGACGCAAUGUCUAACUGACCUCCCAGGGUUGCUGUGAGGACAAAAUUCAGAGGACAACAGUGGGUGCCCCCUGGGUUUCCUUGCAGGGAAAAGGCAGGGUGCCAUUUAGAAGCCAGGUGUCAUGUGUCGCCUGUCCCAAACCACAGAACGCGCUUCCAGCAGACAUGCAGCAGGCACCCUCGCUUUUU